ACUUCGCGAUUCUCGGAUGUAAAAGAGAUCGUAAAAGUUAAUAAAAAUAAAAUACGCAUUGUCGUUGACAGUCUCAAACAAGCCAAUGCAACUGCUCCUUGCGAGCUUUUUACGCGUGAAUAUAGAGCGUAUAUUCCUUCAAAGCAAAUUGAAAUUGAUGGGGUCAUCACAGAAUCGAGUUUGACUGUUGAUGCCUUAAUUAAGCAUGGGGUUGGUCGUUUCAAAGACACCAUACUUAAAGACUUGAAUGCAAGCAAUUGCAUGCAGUAUCACACGAAGGAGAUAAAAAAGAUUAUCGACUGUCUGACUCGUUUCGAGUGACUUUCGCUGGGUCUGCGCUGCCCAACUAUGUCGUUAUCGAUAAGAUUCGUCUCCCUGUUCUCCUUUUUAUCACUCGUAUAAUGAAUUGCCUUAAUUGUAAACAGCUUGGCCACACAGCCACUUACUGUUACAAUAAGGCACGGUGUGGCAAAUGUGGGGGUUCUCAUCAAGAGAAUACAUGCAAUAAAAAUUCAGAAAAAUGUUUAAUGUGCUGAGAAAAUUCUCAUGAGCUCCUUGCAUGCCCCAUUUAUAAAUUGCGCGAGGAUAAAAUUAAACGAUCCUUGAAGGAGAGGUCUAAACGCUCCUGUGCAGAAAUGUUGAAAAAUGCUACCACUAAACGCAUCUUCCUAGAAAACACUUACACAUCUCUAUUUUCGGAACGACUGACUCUGACGGAGCGCUUGCAUUCAAGUCUUUAAGUAUGGUGUCUUUGAAACGACCAACCCCAUGCAUAAUUAAGUCAUCAACAGUCAAACUCGAUUCUGUGAUGACUCCAUCAAUUUCAAUUUGCUUUGAAGGAAUAUACGUUCUAUAUUCACGCGUAAAAAGCUCGCAAGGAGCAGUUGCAUUGGCUUGUUUGAGACUGUCAUCGACAAUGCGUAUUUUAUUUUUAUUAACUUUUACGAUCUCUUUUACUUCCGAGAAUCGCGAAGUCAAAUUUUUCGAAAUUUGGAUGAUAUUUAGCGCCUUUACUUUACGCCUAAUAAAUACAAACCCGUGGACGACUCUGGGUAAAUUUUAAUUCUAAUCGGGUUUACAUUUUCAGCAAAAGGCUUAGGACGAGGGUUUGUUACUCAUUCUCCCAUAUCGUCAUCCAUUUCACUUAGCAAGAAAAACUAUCGCAAAAGGAAUGAAAAAUAUACCUGUUAUCUGCUAUCUCUGAUGUGAUGGAGACGCCGGUAGACCACACCUCGUGUGUGUCGUUGUAAACUCGGUGCCUGUUGUUUCUUCAGUAGAGAAAUAGGCCUACCUGCAACACUUCCAAACUCUUUUCGGUUAAGCUGCUCGUCGGUAUCACCACCAAAAGCGCGCUCUCUCCGUUUCCACCACCGCGGUAGACAAAUGUAGCUACCUGUGGCUUGCUGCGAAAACCCCACUGUCGAUGCGGCACUCUUGGGUGCCACUUGUUGUCCUUCUUCCUCGUACCGCUUCUGCAGUAUACAAAUAGAUCAAAUGGGUCUAUUUGCGACGCUUCCCCUUUCGUCGAUUAGAAUUGCCCGACGUCACCAAUACAAUUUUUUUUUAUAAAAUUAUGUUGGACGAGGUUCGGAAAGGCGGGGUUUCCUACUGGCACGUAAACGGCGGACGGUAACUUCCGGAAUAGAAUCUGGGACUUCCGUAUCUAGGUAACUGUUAGUUUAUCAUAAACUUAAUUCACAUAACGUCACCACUGGAGGAUGGAGGAAAAUCUUCUGGGGCACAGAUUCAUAUACUUUCACGGAAUUAAAUUAAGCUUUAUUGCACGUUAGGACAUAGUUAUAUUUCACGAUCGAAACUCUACGGUGGUUGGACAAGGACUGCCAGGAAAUAUAUCAUACGAUUAUGUGGACAUCUUGCGUACUACAUCUUGCAUGCUAUUAACUGAUCGAAUGGCCUUUUGGCGGUAUAGGUUUGUCAUCAGUUGAGAGUUGCGCCAAAUGCGAGGUGCGUUUCCAAAACUGUUCUACGCCACAGGUAUUUGGCACAACUACUAUGUGAGCCCGAACAUCACCCCCACCUUGAAAUAUUUACUUUCAAUUAUAAUACAUCAUGAUACACUACUACACUAACACCUACACCUAACUAAAACUAAAUUAAUGCAAACGUCGAGCGACUUAAGCCGUCCGCUCAUCAUCGUGAUCCAUUGGACUCAUCACACUGAUGAUUGGACUCAUCACACUGAUGGAAGCAAGCAAAUUUUAGUGAUAGGCCGCUUUAGGACACCGCGAGCGGUUCGUAGUGUUACUACUCUUGUUAGCCGAUCCGGUCCAAGAUGGAUGGAGAGAAUUCUCGCGAGUGGCCAUUUCACUGGAUGCUGAAAUUCAUCGACGAUUAUCAUGAGGCGUUCCGUUAACCGUUAACUUCGUGCAUUUAUGCAUCUCUUGCAGAUACUCGCCGCGCCAAUGAUGCCAAAAUUGCUGAAAUAUACGCUGCAUGGACUGGUAGUGGUUCAAUCUGCUCAUAUGAACGUCCAUUAUAUUGGCUUCUGGUAUGGAGUGCAUUGUCGAUCCAAUGAGAAAAUGGGCUGGAGUGAGACAAGACAAAUCGUUUGGAUCUUCGGAAAGUGGUACCAAUGGUCGAGAAUUCAUUGCGGCCUCGAUCUCCGCUAGGACUGUGCUCAAGUCCUCGAAUGACAAACGUGAAUUUCUCAACUGGCGGUACAAAUGAUUGGAUUUAAGUGCCAAUUGAUGCCUUCGUUAGCGCAGUGUGACUGGAUUGCCUCCCCUUCCAUGCUUCUGAGCCAGUGGUAUAUUUGUUCGAGCUCGUUUAUGGCACACACAAAAAAAUAAUGAAAUUUAAACGACAUGUAAAUCAAUACGAAUGUAAACAUACAAAGAUUGAAUCAAAACUUUGAUUGAAAAUUACGUUAAAAUCAAUGCACUCAGUUGGAGCAUCAAAGAGCAUACAAUUUAACACUUUCAUUCGUGUAAUAUUACAUGUCAUUCAUUUUACAGCAAUAUGCGUGUAAAAAAUACAGUGAAGUGCAUUGGUUUUCCGUUUAAAGAAACUGUAAUUUUCAAUCCACAUGUAGCAUUAUAAUAAAAUUCGUUGAAGAAAGCACGACAAGUCGUGUGGAUUUUUGGUGGAACUUAAUUUUACAUAUAUAUUCAUGCUCCAAAUAUGUGCAUGAAAAUAAACUUAAAAUUACAAAAUAUUUUUUUCUGUGCACCCUCAAAGUUCUUGCCGUUGUCCGAGAAGAUGGCAGUUGGACGACCUCUUCGGGCAAUGAAACGUCACAGUGCGGCCAUAAAGGCCGGCGUGGACAGGUAAUUUACCAACUCAAUGUGAACGGCCUUUGUACUAAAACAGACAAAUAUGCAAAUGUAUACCUUCGCUGCGUUUGCUCUCUUAUGAAUAGGUUUUAAAUACAUUGGACUGGCAUUAUCCACUCCAGUAGCAGUGAACGGGCAGCUUGGAGUAAUUCGAGCCAGAGGUAGUUGCCCCAUAAAUUGACUCGCUGGAACGGGACUUACUCGGGCACAUUGGUAGCAUCCUCGGGUAAUGCUUCUCAUUAGGCGUCAUCCAUUUAUUGGUCAAUAUUGCUCCCUCAUUGCGGCAAGAGUAAGCCGACCGCCACCGAGCAUAAGUUUCAGGUGAUAGUGUUUAGCGAGGAGGCAGGUAUAGGGAUGGAAACUUGGCAAAAGGGCUGGGUGUUUAUGAAUGUAGGGCUGCUCGGACAAUCUCAAUUUCCCUCCCACUCUAAUCGUUCCUUCCGCGUCCACAAAAGGCUUAAGAAGUCGAAGUGAAGAAUGCUUGGAAACUGUCCUGUCCUUUGUCAAAUCCUUGAUCUAUUGUUUGAACACGUCAUGCUGAGCAAGUCGAACAAGAAUCGAUUGGGCGUUGCUCAACUCCUUGACUGUAAGCGAAAUAGAUAGGGGUUCAUUGGAUGGCUGCGUCCGGGUUUUCGUGAGACUUCUUUGAGCGAACCGGAGACAGUAGGCUGUAACACGAACAAGUCGAUGGUGCGAUGUUUUGUUUUGGCGCUAGCAACUACCAUCUUUCGUCGGUCCUUUCCAUCAUUGAAUUAGUCAGGAAUGCUUGUUGAUGGAAAAUGUUCUUGGAUGUGGGAUAACCAGGCGGGACCAUGCUUCCAAACCGGGCUGUUUAACAGUUCAUAUGUCUCCACACCCCGUGAUCAGGGUUGUUAAUACGAUACAUUUUUCACGAUAAUUUAUCGGCGUUACUCGUUAACGAUAAUGUAUUGUCAUCGGAAACUCCGUUAACGAUAAUGUAUCCAAAGGCGCUAAAUAUCAUUCAAAUUUCUAAAGAUUUGACUUCGCGAUUCUCGGAUGUAAAAGAGAUCGUCAAAGUUAAUAAAGAUAAAAUACGCAUUGUCGUUGGUAGUCUCAAACAAGCCAAUGCAAUUGCUUCUUGCGAGCUUUUUACGCGUGAAUAUAGAGCGUAUAUUCCUUCAAAGGAAAUUGAAAUUGAUGGGGUCAUCACAGAAUCGAGUUUGACUGUUGAUGACUUAGUUAAGCAUGGGGUUGGUCGUUUCAAAGACACCAUACUUAAAGACGUAAAAAUACUUGAAUGCAAGCAAUUGCAUUCAGUAUCACACGAAGGAGAUAAAAAAGUUUAUCGACUGUCUGACUCGUUUCGAGUGACUUUCGCUGGGUCUGCGCUGCCCAACUAUGUGAUUAUCGAUAAGAUUCGUCUCCCUGUUCUCCUUUUUAUCACUCGUGUAAUGAAUUGCCUUAAUUGUAAACAGCUUGGCCACACAGCCACUUACUGUUCCAAUAAGGCACGGUGUGGCAAAUGUGGGGGUUCUCAUCAAGAGGAUACAUGCAAUGAAAAUUUAGAAAAAUGUUUAAUGUGCGGAGAAAACUCGCAUGAGCUCCCUGCAUGCCCCAUUUAUAAAUUGCGUGAGGAUAAAAUUAAACGAUCCUUGAAGGAGAGGUCUAAGCGCUCCUAUGCAGAAAUGUUGAAAAAUGCUACCCCUAAACCCAUCUUCUUAGAAAACACUUACACAUUUCUAUUUUCGGAACAGUCUGACUCUGAGGGAGCGUGCCCGGAAAUUCCAGAAAAAGAAAACAGUCUUCUUUUCCCAAGCUGCCAAGAAAGGGCCUUAAAAUUUCUCCACCAAUUGAUAAACUGCGCCCAAAACCGAAAAAUUCCGAUUCAAAACCGAAAUCAAUUCCGCCCGGUUUUGGGAACGUACAAUCCAAACAGAACACCAUUACUGGAAAUAAUAAAAUUUCGACUUCCUCUGAGCCUCAGCCGGGGGUAGGAUUAUUGAAAUUUUCUGAAAUUGUUGAUUGGAUUUUUAAAGCAUUCAAUAUUUCUGAACCACUAAAGAGUAUACUUGCAGCUUUCCUCCCAACAAUUAGAACAUUUUUAGAGCAGCUGAUUGCUCAAUGGCCCAUCCUUGCAGCAAUUAUAUCUUUCAAUGGUUAAUUCAACUACUAAGGUGAAAGACUCUAUCACUGUUUUACAGUGGAAUUGCAGAAGUAUCAUACCAAAAAUUGAUUCCUUAAAAAAUUUACUGCAUAAUUUAAAAUGCGAUGCUUUUGCUCUAUGUGAAACAUGGCUUACCUCAAACAUUAAUUUCAACUUAAAUGAUUUCAACAUUAUUCGCCUAGACCGAGACACCCCGUAUGGAGGAGUGCUUCUAGGAAUUAAAAAGUGCUUUAUGCAAUCUUAAAUUCCCAUAAGGGAAAAUUGGACUGAACCACUUUGUGCAUUAAGGGCACAAAACCUAACUUAAAUUAAGUUUUAUUUUUUUUUUUGUGUUUCGAAUUCAUCUCGUCAGUAACUAGCACCAUCUGGGUGUCUAGUUAGACGAUGUAUCUAAACUAGUACCCAAAUUAGCACUAGUUAGACACAAAAAAUUCCAAACAGUUCACACGACACAUGUGAACGUUCAAAGCAACUGACUUGUCCCGAGUGAU